GCCGUCUUUAGAUAUUAAACUUCACAUAGGCUUCUAACAACAAUGUGCAACACGCAAGAGAUUUGGCUAAUGAAGAGAGAAAAAUAAAACAAGAAAGUUGCUUAAAGUUAAAAUACCAAAAUUGCCAAGACCACUGAGAUUUUUCUAACGAGAACAAUAAAAAUCAAAAUGAAGUUCAAGUUUACGGUUGUACGAUCUUUUUUCUUCACUUUUGUUAUAACUUUUGUCCAAGUUGAUAAUAAAGAAAUAUUUUCUCAAGAAGUUGUUCAAGACACAAACUCAAACAAUCAAAGCUUUGUUAAUCGGUAUAAUCCUUGCACAUUAAAUGUGAUGCAAUUAGCUUCUAUAAUGAUAGCAAAAUGCUCAUCUGAUAAUGGUCAAGACACAUGCCAAAAUCCUCCAUGUUAUCAAGGAGAGAGUGCUUCUUCAACCCAAUGUGUUUAUUUUCACAAUGUCUUCAACUAUCCUACUGGAUUGUAUUGUACGACAAUUGCUAAUUUAUUGUAUUCAAUAAAUACAUUAGUUUCAUAUUAUAAUUGUUGCUGACACGCUGCAACACUAAGAGAUGCUGGUCAUUUUUUGUUUGGAAAUCUAUAAAGAAUCGUUGCACUAACUUAAGCCUAUGUGCUGAGCAGUCUAGAAAUAAAAUAAAAGUACAAAAAAAAGUACAUACACCUUGCGUUGCUAUUUUUAAAAUUAAUGUGACGUCAAUUUAAUUUAUUGUAAUAGUAUUGUAAUAUUUUGUAAAAAUAUUUACAACGGAAGUAAUAUAUCCUCCAUAAUCGAAAA